AUGCCCACCGCCGUCCGACCGCCCACGACAGACAUUGCCGCCAAUGAUAUGACUGGCGAGCAGCUCGCUUUACCCACCUCCCAGAAGGUAUCCGCCAUCACAAAGCAUGGCAAGGUCACCGGCGGCAGAGUUAAGAAUGGGGCCCAGGUCUUCCUGAACGUGCCCUAUGGUGUCGACGUCCCUCGAUGGUCUGAUCCCCAGCCUCUGCCCGAAGACUACAAGUACCCCGACACUCCCUUCACCGUGGACGGCAAGUACUGUGCCCAGCCAGAACGCACCUACAAGCAGACCAACACCAUUCGCGAACGUCUCGGCCUCGGACAGCCCACAGAGAACCCCUUCUUUGCCGACAUCUACAUUCCAUCCGACUAUGCCCUCUCGUCUCCCGGCGAGCAGCCAUUGCGUCCUGUCCGCGUUUUCAUCCACGGAGGCUUCUUGCAGUAUGGUAGCACUUCUGGCAACUACUACAACCAACAGUUUUUCUCUGCCGAACAUUACAAUGAAGUCCGCGUCCUCCUCGGGCACCGUGUAUCGGUUCUAGGCUUCCUCGGCGUCGACGAGCCUGCAGUCUCUGGCAAUUUUGGGUUCAAAGACUGCUGGCUCGGUCUCGAGUGGGUCAAGAAGAAUAUUGCUGCUUUCGGUGGUGAUCCUAGUCAGAUCCACCUGAGUGGGCUGAGUGGUGGCGCUCAUGUCGUGCAUCAGCUCAUCCACCAAGCUGCCCGACUCGCCCCCUCACCUGCGCCUUUCAUCACUGCCCACCUGCAGUCUAACGCCAUCCUCGCCGACCCUCUCACUCCUGCUGUGAGAAAAGUGCAAUUCGAAGCGUUCUGCCAAGCUCUUGGGGUGGACGCAACUACACCCAACAUGCUCGACGAGUUGCGGGACACUGCCAAGUAUCCAACGGCCAAGAUCACGAAAGCUGUCCAGGAUAUGGGCGAACUUUGUACUUUCCGAGGGGUGGUGGGCUCUGAUGGAUGGGUGCGGGCUGACGAGAUGGAAUUCCAACAAUCUGGUGGCCUUGCGCGAGGGUUGAGGGAUGCUGGGGUCAAGUGCAUCGUCGCCGGUGAUGUCAGAGAUGAAGACAGCUUCUAUAGAGGAGUACACCCAAGCAAGGUCUACGACGAACUGGUCCCGAACAUCGCCCGAUACUACCCCUACGAACAAUCCCAGCGCUUCCUUGACUCUUACCCACCCAUUCCCCGAGACUCUACUCCCCAGCAGCUCGACGAUAGACUUGGUCGCGUCCUCGCCGAUGGUCAAGUUCACCUCCCAGUCCGGCUGCUUACCAAAGAUCUCACCGCCCACUCCUUCCCGGCGGUCCGCUACGCCAUUGAAUUUGUCCCCGUCUCACAAGGCCCUAAAGUAUCGCAUGGUACUGAUUUGGCCGUCCACCACCUGCGUCUUUCAGUCAUGGAGCCAGAGGAAGUGAAGGCCGCUUUGACUUUCAACAAGAUUCUCUGGGAAGAUGUGGACAAAGCCGUGAAGGGAAAUGGGUGGAAGGAGAAGGCAGAGGAAGAAAUGUUGGUGCUGAGUAAGGGUGGAGAGACGGAGUGGAAGGCUGAUUGGAGGUGGCCUUUGUUGAAGGCAGCGGAGAAGGUCUUUAGGCCGUAG